AACCAAAGAUGCCUCUGAGGAGACUUUUAGAGGUGGAGCCCCCUAGCCCUUUGCGCUAUAUAGUCGGGGCCGUGAUCAUGAUGGUUGGUGUCGUUCUGCCCGUUGGAUAUAUGAUGUUCCACAACAAGUGAGUCCUGACCGCUUCCUUCCACUCCAAGUAGACGAAUAAAGUCCUGAUAUAGGAACGCUACAGAGAUUUGGCUUCUUUUCUGUCCCUGGUUAUUGGAAGGACCACCGGUAAUGCGGUUGUUCUUAUUCAGCUUUGAAUUUAAAAUCUAAUUUUUGGGUUUUCAGUUGUUGG